CUGUUAUCACACCCACCGCCACCAUGAAGCUAUCCUGGAGCUUCGCAGUGUCCUCGCUAUUUAUUUCCGCGUCCGCAGCAUCGAAGGCUGGCCAUGUCUUUGUCUAUGAUCCCGCCUCUGCCAAAGCCGCGCCCCUGCAAUCGUCAGUAACCCCGGAGACCGCAAGAUGGAUUCUGGCGCAACGAUUGGGCGUCUCGCAGUUCCAUUCGAUCGAUGACCCAAGUGAAGAGGCCAUUGAACAGCUUAACGCAUACUCCGGACGGACACAGACACUCCUUGGAGGAGAUAACUCUAAUGAACGGGAUCUGUCAGAGGCCCGGGUGUUGGUGUGGAUUGAUGAUGUGGAAGAUGCAUCAGCCAUUAUUUCCGAUUCUUCAGCCUACUCCGCACAAUUCACGGUCGCAGACCCUCCCUCUGGAGCUGAUAACGACCGCCUGAUUCGCGCCAUCGCCACGCAAGCGGAAUCGCUACCAAAGAAAGAGGAUGCUUUUGGACGAACAUACACCGACGGAAUCACCAUCGAAAAGUGGUUGAAACCAUUGAAGGCAGUUGGUAUUCACAAUGAGUACCUGAGCACGUUCCACGCAGUCAAGAAGGACGAGCUGUCCAGCUCCGAACUUGCUAAGGCGCUUUCGGGUCUGUUGGAGGAGAGUGUAGCCUCUGGGGAGCAGGGCUGGCCCAUCACAGUUGUUCUCAUGCCGCCAUCUGGCCCUAAGAGCAAGCGCGACGUUAAUCCAUAUGGCGCUUUUGACAUUCCCCGCGAUACCGAUUUCCGCCGCCCCAAGACUGAAGAAUUCCUAUCUCCAUCAUCUUCGCAGCCUUCCCAACCCCCCAAGGCCAAGGUCAGCAACUUGGAAGACUUCCCAAUCAUCUCUGCCGCCAAACCAGGAGCACCCAUUCGAGGAAUACUCCCGUCUUGCUUCUCAUCUCAAGAUGCCUGCAUCCAGCAGACGAACAACUGCAGCAGCCACGGAGGUGUCGACGGAGGUUGCGUGAAUCGAAAAGGAAAGAAGGGUACCGGACGUGUCGACUGCUGGCACUGCCAGUGUGAGCCUACCGUGGAGUUCGUCGGGGGAGAUGGUAUGGAGGAGCGCAAGAGGACGACGUACUGGGGCGGACCCGCUUGCCAAAAGAAGGACAUCUCUACCCCAUUCUGGCUGUUCGUCUCCACCGGUGUGAUCAUUGCUUUCUUGAUCAGUAGCGCCAUUGGAAUGCUGUACUCAAUGGGCAGCGAGGAGUUGCCAAGCGUCAUCGGAGCUGGUGUCAGCGGACCCCAGAGGAAGUAAAAGGGGAUGUCACGAGGGGAAAUGUAAAUUUGAUUGUAUGAGAACGUUUCGGUCUCUAGACUAUUAUUAUAAGGUGGGAAGUGUAUUAUCAUGUCUGGCUUUCACUGGGUUAAGUAAGGUCAAAUGGCGUCAAGUAGCAUUGCAAUUUAAAGCACAUCAAGGAAACAAACACCUGAGAUGAGAAUAUCAAAAGUCUGAUUGAA